AAUCGUGGGUGAGGAGUGGGGAUGGCUGGACCCCCAACAAGGACACAAGUGGAAUUUCUGCUGCCCCGCAGGACCCCAGAGCGGGCGCAGGCGGACAGACCUCAUGACAUCACAGGUUCUCUCCUCUGUCCCCAACAUUCCAGUUCCACAGGGAGGCGAGCCCCCACCAGGGCGCCACGGGCACAGGGCACAGGCAGCGGGCAGCGUGUCCCGGGCAAGACGGCACGGGGGUGCAGGAGGGCCCGCGGCCUGGCAGAGAGAGCCACUCCAUCUCGACUCCGCGGAGCCGGGGACAGUAAGGGCGCUGAUGACUCCAGCGAUCCCACGAGGAAGAGUGGGCAGAGAGGCCGGCUGGGGCGUCCCGCGGCCGCACCGGCCCGCUCGUUGGAAAUGAUGUACCCUGGCGCCCAAAAUGGUCUCCGAGAGCCCCUCUGCUGUGAGUGCCACGCCCACUUCGGGGGCCGCCUGCCCGUGCCCCGGGCCGAGGCAGCGCUGCCUUACUGGGUGCCUUCCUCACUGAGACCCCGGGAACAGAGCCAGAGGACGGUGCGGUUUCAUGUCCCCAAAGCCUCAGAGUCGUGCCCCUGCCUGUGCCACUGCGUUAGGGGCCGCCUCCCGGUGCCUAGGAGUCAGGCGAUGAUGCCCUACUGGGUGCCCCAGGUCCUGAGGUCUCCGAAGAAGACGGUGAAAAGGCAGCGGAGUUUUAGAGGCCUCCAAGGAGGAUCGUGGGAUCACGGCCGUCCUCACUGCCGCGCUUCUCCACCUAGAGCGCCCCCUGGACUCCCGUGCGCACUACAACUGCUGGCGGGUCUGCUGCGACAGGCGCCUCCUGCUCAAGUGGCAGCAGCUCCAGGCCGUUGGCCAGGAUGAGCCGCCGGCCCCGGGGAGGACGGCCAGCUCCCUGGACUCCCUGCUGACCCUCCUCCAGACCGUCCUGAGGGCCAUCGGGGCCAUUCGCACUCGACUAUGGCUGAGUUCUAAAAUCGCCCUGCUGUCAGAAGAAGACCAGUGCUAGCUCUCGCCAACCCUUUCCCUGCUGCUAAGGCUCCGUGUUGGAAAAUCCCUUCCCUGCUGUCCAGCUGGGGACCUGCCAGGCUCUGCGUGCCGCACCUGGAACCCUCGAGCCCCACAGCCGUCAUUUCUUGCCACGAUCUCCUCUGACCAAGCCCCCAGGGCCAUCCCUGGGCUCAUGUUGGGACUGUGGCUACCGGCUGUCUCCUUGUCCUUUGCUCUCUCCUCCGCUUGGCCGCCUUCUCUGACCAUUACCCCGGCCAGCUCGUUCUCUUUCAGCCGCUUCCGAGAGACCUCUGUGCAAAUGAGUCCUUGUGGAUCUGUGCACAUAAACCCAGUUUUUCUGGGUUUGAAGUUGGAACCUUCAGCUUUGUCAAGCACUUCCAUGAAACCGUUAGUCACAAUCAAGGCCUCAGGUCAGGAGCAGCCUGUGGUGCCGGCCGUUUCGCACCGAGAUUCGAGCUGGGCUGUUGGCCAUCAGGCGACUCCAGCGUAGCAGAGCCGUGCGAGUGCGGCGAGAGCCGGCCAUGAAUGAGGUCAAUAAAUGUUAUCUGUGAGCUUCCA